AUGGCCGAGCCUCCCGCCGCCGCCUGCCACACCGAGCUGGAGCUCGCGCGGGCGCAGUGCCGCGCGCUUCACGACCGCCUCGCCGCGUCGCCGUCCCUUCCGCGCCACCCCGCACUCCGCUCCCUCCUCCGCCUCGUCGCCGCCGAGCUGCGCUUCCUCGCCUCGUGUAACCACCCUGACCCCGCCAGGCCACUCUCCUCCAACCUGCCACACCUCGGGGCGCUCCACCUCCUCCUCACCCACCCCGCUGUGCGCUCGCCAUCUCGCCUCUCGCCCCUCCCGGGCGUGGACUUUGCCUGCGCCUUCCGCUCCCGCCCCGCGUGGGUGCUCCUCUCCGCGCGCAACCCUUCGGGAUUCCAGUGGGUCCCGUGCAAGGGCCUCAGCUCCCGCGUCGCGGCCGUGCUGGAUGCCGCGCGCUCCGCUCCGCCAGCAACCCGCCCGGAGAAGCUGCUGCUCGCCUUCUCCCGUGGCGUCGGCGCGGACAUCGUGUUGGGGCUCGCCGACGGGUUCGGGGCCGUCGAGGUCGACUUGCUAGCGGAAUUUGUUGUCGAUUCCGAGGACGACAAGGAGGAGGACGGCUGGGUUAGCGUCAGCUUCCGCCCCAAUGAGGAGAUGAGGGGCUUUAGGGCGUUCGAGAUUGAAGUGGUGGAUGGUGGCGGUGAAGUGUUGUUACCGCCACCGCACCGGGACGUGGAGGAGGGGAUCGGUGACCAAUUGGAGGGUUGGUUUGCUGACUUCUUAGGGAAGAUGAGGAUGAACUCCAUGGAGAUGGUGAAUCUAGACACGACGGCCCUCAUUGCGAUAGUAUCAGGUAUCAGCAAUGGUGGGGUGGGGAGGCUGAUGGGUGCACCGGAGACGGAGACCAGGGCCAGGUUCAAGUGCAACUACAAGUUCGUCAUGGAUCAGGCGCAAUCCGAGCUCCAAUCUCCAAUAUUUGUUGAGCUGGGGAAAGCAGUGGACGGAAAGAAAUGUAUCAUAUGUGAAGCGGUUAACUCAGAGUUCAACGAAAUUGUUUCAAUGUGUGGCGGGCCAGAGGAGAAAACCAGAGCAAAUCAAUUACUGAAACAACUUAUAAUUGUCCCAGACAGUCCUUCACCACGUAUGAUGGAUCUUCCAACAACAAGGAAGCUUGCCAUGAAGAACAAGGUUGUUUUUGGUACAGGUGACCACUGGCGUGCUCCCACUUUGACUGCUAACAUGGGGUUCGUAAGAGCUGUUUCACAGUCUGGUAUGCCUUUGUUGACCAUCGAGCACAGACCGCGUGCCCUUAUCGGCUUGUGAAGGCAGACAACACGACAGAUAAUAAGUCAUAAUGGAUAUCUCAUGUCUCUGUACAUAACAUUGUACUCCCUCCGUAAACUAAUAUAAGAGCAUUUAGAACACUCUUAUAUUAGUUUACGGAGGGAGUACUCACUAGCUAGUAAAAUCGAUAGUACUGAAACAGCGAUGUGUAUGUAUUACUUUAGUUUGCUGGUUCAUCAAAACGUCAUGUGACAUAACUCGGUAAUUGAUUCGGUUUAGCGUCAAGGGGGAUUAAAUGGCUCAAGAAAAGAUCCCCCUCACCCCUUUGGAACACAUUUGGAAGAGGAUUACUUCAGUUUGCUGGUUCAAUCAAAAUGACCUGUGACAUAA